GAACACCAGAGCAGUCAGUCUCUCUGUGCACUCUCCAUUUGCCAACAGUAGGCACUGAGUGCCACACGUGUUUGAAAUGCUGUCAUCUGGAAGGAAGAAAAGAAAUGCCAAUAGAGAGGAUGGACAGCACUCCUACUGCAAAAGGAGUAAGAUAAACCCGGACAUCCAGGAUUCUAAAGACACAGAGUCCUCGAGCAGCCAUAAUGAAAGGAGCAGUGACCCCAACAUCCCAGAGACUUCCAGUGAAGCGAGAAACAUCUCAAACUGGACCAUCACUGAAGCCAACCCGCAGCUCCCUCAGUCCUCAAUGGAUGAGCCUACCCUAAGCCAAGACUAUUACUCCCACAUCAACCAAAUCUUAAGGGAGGCUCACUUUAACAGUAUGCAGCUGCGAGGGCAGUGUCCAAACAAAUGAACCUGCACCUUCUUCAAGCCUGAAAUGUGCUUACGAGAGCAGCUGCAUUCAAAAUAAAAUCUGGGCAUUUGCAGUCUAAA